AUGGCCCUGCAUCCUGUGGAUUUUGACAUUCGCGAAUUCCUUUCGAGGAUACAUGGAAACAAGCCCCCGUACCGUUGUCCCGCAGAAAUAUGCAAGAAAACUUUUAAAUCCUUUAAAGCUAUAGAACUUCAUAUGGAAUUUCACCGUCCGCCAGAACCGAUUGACAUCUCCGUACCAACGAUCGACGCCCCUAUGAUCUCGCCAGUCAAUUCCCUUAUUCCUUCCAGCCUGCGACAUCAGAGGAAUGGCCGGCGCAAGUUCCCACCUAUGCAUUUUCCCGAUUCACAACAAUUUGUCGUCUUCAUCAACCGUCAGAAAUCAUCCAACAACAAGCAUAAAAACGGCGCCGCGGAUCCUAAAUUGCGCUUAUCAAAACCACCUGGCUUAACUGGUCGGGUACGUUCUCCGCAGCACACGGGCACUUCGUCUCCAGAAGAGGUGAACAAGGAGGCACUGGCUGCACCUCUAGCUAUUCCCAAGCCACAAUUUGAAGUGGAUUUAAGCUUUCCUAAACAGGAACGAGCCGUCGCCAAGGAGGACUAUGGAUACAAACGCUUUAUUGAAAAAUCCUUUGAUGAAUUGAAUGAGAUUGUGGAGUAUGAUCUUGAUGAGGAAGAUUUAUUUUGGCUUGGGCGGAUCAACUCGGAAAGAGCAACCAAGCGAUGGGACUCCAUCGACCAGUCAACUCUAGAAUGGGUUCUUGAUCGAUUUGAGAAGGAAGCUCGGUUUCGUACUUAUGUGAACUCCCCAGGAGGGCCUAGUGAGUCUUUGAGCGUACCUUCCAACAGCCUUAUGCUCGCCGGUAUUGACGAGGACGCUGUUUGUGCUGUGUGUCAGGACGGCACUUGUGAGAAUACCAACGUCAUCCUUUUUUGCGACGUCUGCAACCUUGCGGUUCAUCAGGAGUGCUAUGGGGUUCCCUAUGUUCCUGAGGGUCCUUGGCUUUGUCGGAAGUGCCUUCAUUCGCCGAGCGAGCCCGUCACCUGUUGCUUAUGCCCAAACCUUGGUGGAGCUUUUAAGAAGACUUCCGAUGACCGCUGGGCACACGUCAUCUGCGGUCUUUGGGUGCCGGAGGUGAUGUUCGCAAACCUCACCUUCUUGGAACCGUUAGAGGACAUUGACAAAAUUUCCCCAGCUAGGUGGCGUCUGCAGUGUUUCAUUUGCAAACAACGCAACGUUGGUGCCUGCAUUCAGUGUCACAAACCGAGCUGCUACCGCGCCUUUCAUGUAACCUGUGCUCAACAGGCCGGCUUAUACAUGAAGAUAGAGCAGAGUGAUGAUCCAGCUGACUCGGGCAUCCGCAAAAAUGCCUUCUGUGACCUUCACUGUCCGCCUUCACAUUUUAAGGGCUCCCGGGGUAUGUACGCACACUCAGACAGUGAAAAUGAUGCAACCGAGGACGAGGAACAGGUGAAACGUGAUUGUCUUCGCAAAGCUCGGAAGGUUCUGGCAGCGCGUCGAAAUUCAAAGCCGCUAGUCUGCGUACCUCUGGUUCCCAAGGCAAAAACGGACGCUGCUGCAGCUGCUGCAGGCGACGAAGAAGCGCAGAAGAUGCGAGGUCAGCUCCUGUUUUGGCAGAGGCUGCGUCAGGAUCUGGAAAAGUCGCGCCUCCUCUCAGAACUGACACGGAAGCGGGAAAGGGUCAAGUGUGAUCUCUUUCGGCUCACUCAGCAGCAGUUUGAACUGCGUUUGAGGCCACUUAUGAGUCUACUGAAAAAAACCCUCGAUAAGUUACAG